UAAGAAAAUUUGGCAUUGGCAACAUAACCAAUUAACCAACAAACCAUCUAUUUUUCUUGAUUGAUAAGUUAUUGGUUAUAAAUUUUUAUAUGUAUUGAUUAUUAUUAUUUUAGUAUUACUUGUAUCAUGGCUUCUUUAAUUGGUCUACGAAAGUUGAAUGGUAUUCUUCGACCUUCAACUCUCAGGCAAUGCGCUUCUCUCUCAACUGGAAGCUCAGUCUUUGGAAAAGAUCCAGUAAUGAAGGAUAAGAAAUACGCUCUCCUUUGUCCUGAAGACAUCGAGCACUUGAGUAAAAUCAAGUCAACCAUCACAAUAACAGAUCCUAUGGAUGUCUCAUUGAUCUCAGGCGUGCCAGAGGAACAUGUAAAAGAGAGGCGCGUUAGGAUUUUUUCGAGCUCCAAAAAUGCCAUGCAGUCUGGAACCGAUAAUGUUGGAGUCUGGUCCAUGGAAUUCGAAACCAGGGAGCGCUGGGAAAACCCUCUGAUGGGAUGGACUUCAAGUGGUGAUCCAUUGUCAAACUUGAAGCUUGAAUUCAACUCAACCGAGGAUGCCAUUGAUUUCUGUGAGAAAAAUGGUUGGAGCUGGUAUGUGGAGAAGGAGAAAAAGAUAAAAGCCAGAGGAAAGUCAUAUGCUGUGAAUUUUGCUUGGAACAAGCGCUCUAGGGUUUCAACCAAGUGAAUAAUGUACCAAACUCUGUAUAAUAUGUUCUAGAAUAAUAAAUCAUUCUCCAAUAGAAAAUUUAUAUCCUACUUCAAUAGAAAACUGUCAUAUACUAAUGUGUGACUAAAUUGUUGAUAUUAUUUAUGUGCUCAUUUUCAAAAUACAAAUCAAACUGAACAAUUA